AAGUUGAGGUGCGGUGUGUGAGCUGCUGGGAGGGACAGGAGAGGAAGUGCACACACUGCCAGUGCAGGGACAGCACCGGAGGGACAGGGAGAACCAGCACUACCCGAACACCAUGUCUGUCAACCUCAGCAAAAAUGGCGCCGCCCUGCAGGCUGCCUACCAAGAUGUGGUGGAUGGGAAAAGUAAGACUGACUGGGCUCUCUUUACCUAUGAGGGAAACAGUAAUGACGUCAGGCUGGCUGGGACUGGAGAUGGUGGUCUUGAGGAACUAGUGGACGAGUUAAGCAGUGGGAAAGUAAUGUAUGCCUUCUGCAGGGUUACAGACCCAAAUUCUGGGCUUCCUAAAUAUGUCCUCAUUAACUGGACAGGUGAGGGGGUGAAAGAUGCCCGGAAAGGAGUGUGUGCCAACCAUGUCAGUACAAUGGCAAACUUCCUAAAGGGUGCUCAUGUAACAGUAAAUGCUCGUGCUGAAGAUGACGUGGAGCCUGAAUCCAUUAUGCAGAAAGUGGGCAAAGCAUCUGGAGCCAAUUAUAACUUUCACCAGGAGAAAAGCAGAGCCAGCGAUGUACCUCAAGGACCUGUGGGUUCUGUUUACCAGAAAACAAAUGCAAUGUCAGAGAUUAAACGGGUUGGCAAAGAUAAUUUCUGGGCCAAGGCUGAGAAAGAUGAGGAGGAGCGAAAACUUGAGGAACAGCGGAAAUCAAAUGUAGAGAGGGAACGACUGGAGAGAGAACGUAAAGAUAGGGAACAGAGAGAGGCUGAAGUGAGAGAGAAGAGAUUCAGGGAAAAAGCAGGAGAGAUAGAUGCUCAAAGGAAGCAUCAGCAGGAUUCAGAGAAACCUCAGAGGAAGACUGAUUCUCAAGGCUCUUUUAACGCACGCGAGAUGUUUCUUCAGAAAGAGCGUUCAGUCCCUGCUCCUGUGAAUACUCAGCCAGGGCGACUGCGCAGUCCUUUCUUGCAGAAGUCAACCAGUCAGCCCGAGUCUCCUCCAUCAUCCCCUGUACAUCGUGUCCAGGACCCUCCUGUACUCCCUGUAUCUCGUGCUCAUCAGACACCUCCAGAUUCUCCUGUGCCCCCUGUCUCACAUCCACCAGCACCUAUUAUCCCUGUGAAAGAACGCAGCCCUUCACCCCAGCCUCAGCCAGAGGAAGAACUAUAUCAGGAGCCACCUGUUGAGACCAAUGUAUAUGAAGCACCACCCCAGGAGCAUCAGGAGGAACCAGUGUAUGAAUCUGGAGUAGAGGAAGACAGGGGCCUGUGUGCUCGAGCACUUUAUGACUACCAGGCCGCUGAUGACACAGAGAUCUCAUUUGAUCCAGAUGACCUUAUCACUCAUAUCGAGAUGAUAGAUGAGGGCUGGUGGCGUGGUUAUGGACCCAACGGCCACUACGGCAUGUUUCCUGCUAACUAUGUAGAGCUGCUAGAGUGAACAUGGCAUAACUAGUGGGGACCCAGCAGAACAAGAGAUCUUGAAAACAGGGACUCCUCAUGCACUGAAACAAUUCUCAUAUUUGGGUUGUAACCACAAGAAAAUGACUUAAUGUAAUUAUCUGUGUUUAACUGUGAGGCAUACAGCCAGUUUGUUUGCAUAAAUGUCUACAAGCCACGUGUAGGUAUAUUUGUACCUGCAUUGUUAUGUUCAUUUUGGGACCACAGAGAUUGACUAAAAUGUGACUUAAAUCCUUCCAGAAAUCAUUGACAUAGCCUGCAGUGUUCAAAUAUACCGUGCAGUUUUCUUUUUUUGCUGUGACCUCUAAUAGGAAGGGUUCAGGACCUAAUACUGUGUUUUUAUUCAUUGUGCCACAAUCUAUGAGGGUCUCAAUAGUCUACUUCUGUCUCUCCAUGCCAUCUCUACUAAUCUGCAGUCUUUCCACACCUUGUGUUUUUGGGAACACUGGCUCCCACAGCUUCCUAACAGCAUAAUGUCUUCCACUAAUCUUUUUCCCCAAAGUGUUUCUUCACAAACUAGUUUCAGCACAGACUUAAAAAUAAAUGCUUAAUGUUUUGAGACGUCUCUAAAUCCAUCAGGAUCUUGGCUGAGGAGCUGAACUCAGAUGCCUGCAAAUGUCCUCCAAGUUCAUGAACUGAGGUCAGACUUCAAUGGCCCUAUAUUUACUUAUGCUGAAUCUAUUGUCCAGCCAUAUUUAGCCCUAAUGUAUGUUGCAGGAUAGGUGAUCAGAUUGUAAGCCACCUCUCCUUUUAGUGAAUGCAAAUCCUUUAUAAUUAAUGUACAUUUGAGCCAUAACUACAGUUUGAAGGUGAAAUCAUAUGCUCCAGGUUCCAGUAACAGCCAAAAUAAGAUUAUGUUCAUGCUUGGCGAAGAGUAAAAGAUAUUAUAGACUUCUAGGAAAAUAAGAAAGAAAGCAAACCAAUUAUGUUACAAUGUGCAGUGUUUAUGACCUUCAACCUACAUGCAUAGGACCAGUAAGGACCAAUAUAUUCAGUUUCUACAACUCCAGCUGUUGUGGACUACAUCUCCCCUGAUGCUUUGCUGGACAUAUUGCUGUAAGAGAAAUAUGGGAGAUGUAAACCUUCUGCAACAUCUGGAGUGCUGAAGGUUGCUUAAUUCUGUUAUAGAAGGAUGCCCCAAAGCUUAAAAAUGGACAGUUCAGGAACCAUAACUCAACCAUAAUGAAGUUUUUAUAGUAAAAGGAGGUCCUCGGAUGGUUUUAACCCUAAAGUCUUUAAUCCGGCUCUGCCCAUCUACUCCUGUUGCAGUCCAAGACUUGAAUCUGAGA